AUGGGCCAUCGAGGGACCCCUCAGCGCGCGCUGAUGGCCUUUCAUCAUAUCCUAUCCUCGAAAAAGAUCAGUACAAUGCAUGCAUGGGCCCAGGAGCUCCAUCUGCAAGGUAUAUUAAAGACUGGCUACCCUGGCGUCGCGCUCUUGGUCGACCGCGCGCCGAAUUCCCCCGGCAACGUCGCCGAGUAUGUCCGCCGCGUCAAGCGCCUGCCGUGGCAGACGUGUGAGCUGCGUCUCCUCGAACCUGUUGCGUGUCCUGCUAUGCUCGAGAGUCUACAUGCGGCCGUGCACGGCCCCGCCCAGACCUCGCGCAUGUCGCGCCGCUCGGGACUCGUGGAGCUCGAUACGCUCAAGACCAUCACGCCGCUCCUGCGCGACGCGGACGAGCGCCAUGCCAAGGCACAUGCCGCGACGCCGUGCGGUGACGCGUGGGAGCCCUUUUACCGCCGCGCGAUGCGCCCGUAA